AUGAAGGCAUUAUGCAAUGUUCACGUUAUACAAAUAUUUAAAAGUGAUUCCUCUGCGGGCAGUCUCAAUUAGCCGAAGAAAUUAUCAGCCUGCAUGGCGAAAUAUCAUAAACAAUUUGAACUUUUGAAAAUUCGGAAUAAUGGUAUAAGUGACACUCCGUGACGUCGUGUCAUUUGAAACUGACACAUGUCAAACCUAUCGCCAUUUUGCAAAUGUCACAUAUUUGAGAUCGUUAGAAAACUUGUAACAACGUACAUUUUCCCCGUUUAAUUUCAUCUUAAAUUAAGGACUUUAUUUUAAGUAUCUUCCUUGGAAGGUCCGUUUUGUAAUCCGCAAUUCGUAGUGAGCAGUUGUACAUUCUAAAAAGUAUGAGUGCAACAGCUUUAUUUGCGUGCUCGCGAUGUUUUGCGCGUUACCCUUUCGAAGACUUGUCUGCUGGGCAACAGUUGUGUAAAGAGUGCCGCGGGACAUAUCCCGUGGUAAAGUGCACGUACUGUCGUUCCGAAUUCCAACAAACCUCGAAAGGCAGCACAUCGACGAUUUGCAAAAAGUGCGAACAGAACGUAAAAGCAUAUGGAAAACCUACCGCCUGCGAGUAUUGUAACAUAAUCGCAGCUUUUAUAGGGAAUAAAUGUCAACGUUGUACAAAUUCCGAAAUUAAAUAUGGCCCGCCAGUCAACUGUGAACAGUGCAAACAAAAAUGUGCUUUCGAUCGGCAUGACGACGACAAAAAGGUGGACGGUAAGCUGUUGUGCUGGCUGUGUACGUUAUCUUUUAAAAGGGCGUUAGCAAAGACGAAGCAAGGAGAUGCGGACAGAAGGGCGCACAUGAAAAUAUCACAUUUGCAUAAAAACAAAAAGGAGGGAAAACCUCGAAGUCACAGUAAAAGGCCUAACAGACCGGACGUAACGAAAAUCCCACCGCCGGAAGAACCGCAGAACAAGAUAGCCCGUAACAAUUCGGCACCUGUGAUCGUUAGAGGCGAAAUGGAUCCGCACAGUUCGGAUAAUGUGGUGGCGAUGACGAAUCUCAAGGAGCAGAUCGCUAGCCUGACGAAGCAGGUCAAUCAGAAGAAUCAGGAGCUGUUAAAUAAGGACAAAACGAUAACGGAGCUGAAAGCGAACAACUUCACGACCGAAAACGAACUCAGGCAAAAGCUGAAAGGUCAACAGAAAGAACACGACGACAAAGUGGAAGGCAUGAACAAGCGGAUACAAGGUCUGCUGAAAGAGAUCGCUAGUUUGUCGAAAACGGCGAAAAAAGGGAGAGCCAGCGCGACGGCGAACGCCUCGAUAUCGGGCGACAACAACAGCAGCGGCACGGACAGUCCUAAUUUGCAGUGAGACGACGAACUUUAAAAAAGUCGGACGGCGUUUUCAGUUGUCGUUGUUCCGGUAAGAGUGUACGACGAAAAGAUAUAUCGAAAAUCGGUAUUCGCCUCAACGUUGGUGCAUAUUUUUUUAAUAUAUACAGGGUUUUUCAUAACUUCGUGUCUUAGGAAACAUGUGUUUUCAAGAAGUUUGAUAUUACAUACGGUUUUGAUUAACAGGUGCAUGUGUGUUCACAAACAUUUUAUUAUCCUCGGUUUUAAGCUGAUUCGAAAGGAAAAUAAGUUACGAGCACCCUGUAUCCAUUAAAAUGAUGCACUAGUACCGCGGAAUCAAAAUGUUCCUGUUUGCUUUCCGUUUUCGUUGGGACACCUCGUAUGCUGAAUACAUUAUGUAAUCAUGAGUCUAGAACGUCUUUUAUCAAUUUCGGCGCGAAAAUUUCACUCGAGGGAAAUCGUAGCCGUUUGCCAGGGUGGUUCCUUUCGACGUGGUGUUCAAGACGGAUCUUUUGUCGAUCGUUGCGUGGAGAUGAAUUUACAGGGUGUGGCGUAAAGAGCGGAUAACGUUUAACCUGCAGCUGGAGGACAUCAGGACGAUUCAAAAAGGUGUGUGUAGUUGCGAGGUUUUCAAUUUUCGCGACGUUUUUCAUAGGUGGUGGAAACGGACAUCUUCACUCAGUGUUUUAAGUCUGAAGGGUUUUUCUCGUUGUUAAAUACGUGCUGCAGGUUUGAUUGCUUAAAAAAACAUUAAAAUAGCUAACCUUAAUAGGAGCAUCCUUUGAAUUGACAGCAGCAAAUACGGUGUAUCAUUUUACAAUUUCAAUGAAUUAGGCAAAUUAUUCACGUCUUGUUACCGCAAUAUUAUUGACACCACACGUGGUCAAACUUGACAUAAAAAAAAUUUAUUUUUUUUCCGAGUUUUGAUGAUUUUUUACAAAAUCAACUAAACCUGUAGCACGAACAUGGCAAUAUAUAUUUUAUGACACACGUAUCCAAGAAUACUAUUUUGAAAAAAGAAUGAGAAAAAACCUUCAUGUGUUAUCACGAGACUUGAAAUAGUGAAGGUGCCCGUUUCCUCCAAAUUUGAAAAAAGUCACGAAAAUUUAAAACCGUGCAAUUUAUACUAGAUGCAGUUUUUUUAAUCUUUUAUACAGCAGAUUUUUUGCAGGAAAAACAAUUUUUUUUCCUCACAUAAAUCGUAAAACACCACGUAAAAUUCGUGAUUAUAUAAACAGUGUGACGAUCUUAUUUAUGGCUAGAAAAAAUUAUUCUGAUAAAAUCAAUAUUAUCAUCUGUGCAUUAACUGAGCCUAAAGUAAUUUGAAUAAUACACAUUUCUGACGUUUCUGUUGCGUCUGCAGGAUUUACGAAUGAUACAAAAAAAUAUGAAAUUAAUAUUGAACCUUCCUGAAUUUCAUCAAACCAUUGUAGCCAGGCCUUGGACUCUAGAGACUUUACGGAAUGUGCGGUGGAUCUUUAACCUUUUGCAGUCAGUUUUAUCUUUUUUUAUCAUGAAAUAUUGAGUAUUAGUGAAUAUAAAAUUGGCCUUCAAAUGUCCCGUUAAGUCAAGCCGGAAACGGAGACUAAGUCUUGAUCGUUAUCAGACGAAUAUAAAAAAAACAGUACGUGUACUUUUCAAAUUAUAGGUUUGAAAGAAUCGGAAAAUCUUCACCCAUGAUGAUCUUUCAGUUCCCACUGCUACAAAUUUCAAGUAGGAAAAAGAUUCAACCUUCGUUCAGCACAAGAUUUCCGUAAUACACUUUCUUUUAAAGCACGGACUGAUUGAAUUUUAUAAGAAUACAUUUUUUGCUUCAUUAUGCCACGCAGUGUUGACCUAGGAAUUCCCGAAGCAGCGGAACGCUUCCGUACAGACCGCCGAGGAUUUGCGAUGACCGAAUCACUUACUCGACGCCGAGUAGAACCUGUUUCACAAGACCUUAAUCCACUUUUUCAUUAGGUUCUUGGGGCAUCUCUUGCUCGGCAAUUUCCGAAGGGCAGCUGCGUAUAAAUGAUCGCUCUUAAAAUGAGCCUCGAUAGCGAAAGCAAGCUGCGCUCCGGUCCAUCGUUCCAUCGUGACUAUUUAACCCGCACGCCUAACGCGUCCCCCAAUUCCUACGGUCGCCGCGUAAUUCAAAUUUGAAAUGUGAACACCGAAUUAAUAUGUGCGCGAGAGCGACUAUCAGCUGCGUGGUGCGAAGUUUCCGUCAAGGCUCUGUACGUUGUUUAUUUAUUUCAUACGAAAUCGUUACGAGACCGCCAAAAGUAGUGAGACGAUCCACAUCUAUUCAGACGUAAUUAUGUGUGCGAAACAUUGUAGAAAAUAAUGAAAAGAUUCAGGAUCUAGUCUUAAAUAAGAUGGUGGUUGUGUAUAUGGUCAACACUUUGUAACACUCACGAGUUCUGCUCUACUACUGCAUCUACGUUACUAGUUUCCUCAGCGUCGUCUAGAUCGUCAGGGAAAGUGUAAAUUUAUUCAUAGAUAGGGUAAGCUAGGAUUUUAUACACUGUACAGUGUAUAUAAACAUAUGCUAUGGAAAAAUUGAGAUUUAAAUCAUCUGCGCAACUGCAUUUUUAAAGACCUGAAGCUGAUUAUAGCUAGCUUCAAAACUGUUUAUCUGGUAAUCUGCAUUAUAAAUUCAACCUUAUCACGUCCAUUCAUAAGUUCAAAUUUGAAGGGAAUUACAAUUGAGUUUUGACAAAUUAAAAUGAAUAAUUCUUUAUCAGGAUCUUCUUGUAACAAUAUGACAUCUGCUAGUUUUCUUGUUGCCGUAUUAUGGCCCAUUCAAAAAGACAACUACCAAAAACAAGUUGGGUUUCAAAAGUAAAUUAAUAUAUUUGGGUGAGAUGUUCCAAUUUUUCCAUAAAUACCUGAUUAUUUCAUGUCAUAAUGGUGUAAAUUUCAGAUAAAAUACACCACUGCUUCAAACGACUUAUUUGGCAUGUCCAAAACCCGAUGGGUCUUGGAUUAAAUAUUACUUUACGCCCUUUAAAUUUUUUACUUUUUAUUUAAACAUGUACAUAGUGAUCUUAGCUGUACAGAUAAAAGUAAUGAAAAAAUCGCCAUAACAUUUUUGAACAUCCAAUUGGUCGAUACAUAAAGUAAUCUUGGAAACUUGUUAGGAAAAUAAUUAUCACUGAAAAUUACCUUUUGUCAUCCUUGAGGGUGGAAGGUAGAUUCCUUCUAUGUUCAGUCUUUGCCGCGAGAUGGAAAUAUAUUCAUAGAUCUUGAUCUGCCGUAAAAUGUUAUGUUUCGUUUUUAAAGAUAACUAAAAAUAAAUGUGAUUUUUUUAUGGUAAGUGGUUGUAUUGCAGUUUAGUACCAGGUAAAUUUCAAGUAAAAUUAAUAUUCAAAGCAUGUUGAGGAUAUUACAAUUAAUUAAAUUGCAUUUAUGGUUUUUCACGAGUUUCUACUUACGUUUCGACGUCUACUAAGGUGAAUCUCAGGAUCGAAUUUGGAACAUUUUACAAAAACUAUUUAUCUUAUUGCGUUCCUACCCGGCUUGAAAUAUAGUCACGAGCAUUUUGUUUGUAGCGUUGGAAAUUUAGCCUGCAACACCAGCUGUCGACCAACUUUCAGCAUCGACUGUUAAGCAGGUUUGCACGCUACGUCUUAUCGGGCGUACAAAACGUACGUUUUGUGCAGUGUAUACACAUCACGUGUUUUCCCUUACUACUACUACAGUUCCAAUCUAGAGUCUUUAGUUGUGUGAGGUUUAAUUUCUUUGAGAGAGGAAACACGGCUGCUGUUUUACUUUUUCAACUAUAAGGAUACAACGACUGAGAGGAAAAGGGAUGAAGAGGGAAAAGACAAGAGGGUCAAGGAAGUGGCUUCUGAAAAGAAGAAGAGACUCGUGAAAACCAUAAAUCGUUUAUUUCAUGAAGAUAAAUAUUUAUAUACAGGGCCAAGACCAACUGCGCAAAGGGUUUUAAAAAAGGCAUCUUGAUGUUAAAACGGACGCAGGAAAGUAAACGCAUAUUAAAACAAGAAAGAUUGAUAUUCAAAUCAAGUUGGGUACUUUAUUUUGAAGGUUCAUUUAUACCAUUUAUGUAUGAAAAAUAAUAUCGCUCAAAUGUUCACCACGACUGGAUUUACAGACGUCCACGCGAUGGUCGAAAUUUUCAAUGACAUUUUGCAACAUGGUCGGUUCUAUGGCAUUUCUCUCGGCAAUGAUGUUGUUUUUGAGUUCUUGGAGGGUGGCUGGUUUGUUGACGUAGACUUUGCUUUCCAAAUAUCCCCAUAAAAAGAAGUCCAAGGGAGUCAAAUCGCACGAUCUUGGUGGCCAUGGCACAUUUCCUCUGCGCGAAAUCACCGAAGGACUGCAAUCGAUGGAUAUUGACGUUGGUUGUGUGGCAUGUUGCACCGUCUUGUUGGAAAUAAACAUCGUUCAUAUCCAUUCCUUCAAGUUGCGGCAAAAAAUAGUCCUCUAUCAUCACGUGAUAUCGCUCAGAAUUGACGGUAACCGCGUCCCCGGCCGCAUUUUCGGAAAAGUAAGUUCCGAUGAUGCCUUUUGACCACAAUGCACACCACACAGUCACUUUUUGAGGAUGCAUCGGCUGCUCUCGAUACUCACGGGGAUUUUCGUUCGCCCAGAUGCGGCAGUUUUGCUUGUUUACCGUCCCAUUCAAAGUGAAAUGCGCUUCAUCGCUGAACAUGAUUUUUGAUGAAAAAUUGGCAUCAAUUUGGCGGUGUUCGAGGAGCCAAUCUGAGAACGUUCAGCGCGAAAAAUGGUCGGCUCGACGCAGCUCUUGCGUCAAUUGGAUCUUGUAGGCGUGUACAUUCAAAUCCUCGUGGAGAAUGCGGAGCAAACUGGUUCUCGAAAUGCCCAAUUCUUGGGAUCGACGAUUGUUUCGAAUCGUCUCUCACACUCUCCUUCACAACAGCAAUAUUUUCCGGUGUGCGAACGCUCCUUGGCCGGCCAGAGCCUGGCAGAUUUGCCACAGAACCUGUUGCCUCGAAUUUACGCACCAGACGACCGAUGGUUGUUUCGUCUGGGCGGUUGUUGCGACCGAAAUGUUCACGAAGCGCGCGAAACGUCUUUUUUAUUUUUGCACCAUUUUUGUAGUGCUCUUGAAUAACUUUAAUGCGGUCUUCAAUCGAAUACGACUCCAUAGCGCUCAAUGGUGAACAUUCAACUAACUAAAUGACAUGUCGGUGACAGAAAACAAACAUGGCGUCUAUGUCAAAUUGACGUUUACUUUCCUGCGUCCCUAUUGGACAAUCCUUUAGGAAUCGUGUUUUGAUUUCGGAGUGAGCAUACCUUCAUUUUCUUGGACAGUAGUGAUUAUAGAUGUUCGCUCUCUUUUUGUUUUAGCAAUCAUAAUAUUUUUGAUACAUCUUUUUUUUAACCUGGAGGUUUAUGAACAUUUAUUUUGAAUUUUUGAUCAUCCUGAAGUUUAUCGUUUAAUUUUGGCUGGACUUGGUAAUAUUUCUCUUACUAUUAUACAAGAAAGAGGAAAAUGGAAGCUUUAGGAAUAAUUUUUGCUAAAAUAGCACAUACUGAAUUUUUUAGAUGAUUAAUCAUGGAACUUAAAUUUCAUACAGACCAGUUUUUACAGCAAGUGGUUCAACUGGAGUAAUUUUAGCAAUUUUUCUAUGGAGCGUUCUUCAUAACACAUAUGUUGAAGCUCACUUUGCUUUUAUCAAUUUUUGAAAAUAAUGUGUCCAAGGUGGCGGCGACACUGUUGGAGUCGACUCCUGAACUCGUUUACGCAAAACAGGGGGUGAGGACGAUGCCAAACCACUUUUUUUUUCUAGAAAUCCUCGGAGAAAAGUAGUCACAGAUACUCAAAUCUGUAAUCAAAAGAUGUCCUCUGCUAUAUUUUAAACAAUUCCCUUAAGCAAGGUAUCUUUCCAUAUAGUAAGCACGAAACGGAAGACAAAAUUCGUGCGAAAUCCGAUUUGUAGAGGUUCGCGCGCGAAACUGACGCUUCAUUUUUCAAUAUUUUCGGAUGAAAUUUUUACAGAGUGCCGAACACAAAACCCUACACGGUACUAUCGAACCGCUUUUUCAUUUUUUCCACUAAGCUCUUUUUAAAAAAACCGUGAAACUCAACAAAAUAAGUAAGCAUUAGUAAAUCUUGUGCAAAAACAAAAUGUCAAAAAGUGCUCCAAGUACUUCUUCUGAACAUACUGUAUGGAUUUCGUUCGAAAAUAUUGAAAAAUGGAGCGUCAGUUUCGAAGCAGCUGAACCUUUGUAAAUGGCGAGUUUCGGAACCGCCCUAACUUCUUCAAUUCGCCCCCCGAGUUUUUAAUUUAAUUUCGAUGGUGUUUUUUUUAUUAUAAUUGCGAUAAAUGUAAAAUGCUCGCUCCAAAAUUAAAAUCAUUUUUUGCAUGCGUCCAGAUUGCCUUUUUAAUAAUUCAUUGAAACUGCUUAUUUGGUUUUGGCGCUCGCUGUACAUGAUGACCUUUCUAUUAACCGAGCAAAUUUUUUUCUCUUAUUAUUCAACUAUAUGUGUUUAUCUUGACAUGCAUUGAAUCAUAGAAUAUAAAGAUAUCUAGUGUACAUUUAAAAUCAUAUUUUGUGACAAGACUUUAAUUAUACCAGAGAAGUUUUACUUCGUUUAAAAAGUGAAGUAAUUUGACCGUGUUAACUUUUUUCCAUAAAAUUCUUUUGUGUUUUGAAGAGUUUAAAAAGUGAAGUAAUUUGACCGUGUUAACUUUUUCCCAUAAAAUUCUUUUGUGUUUUGAAGAGUAAAUUUGUUAGGAGAAACGCAUAGCAUAGAAGUGAAAAUACUGUUUGUGAAUUAUGUAGUGUACUUCGAUUUUUAAUUUUAGUGUUUUGAUUUCUCUUAUGAAACUAUUAAGCUGUUAUUCAAAGCUUAUUUUAAUUAAUCUAUAUUAAUUUAUUGAAAAUCAAAGUAUUUUUGUAAAAAUGCGUUAGUGUCAUGUGCUAUUAAGGAUUCAAUAAAAAUAAAUGUAAAAAA